AUGGCCAACAAAGAGGGUGGUGGAGUUGCGAUUUAUGUAAAGAAUCACAUCGUUGCUCAUGAAGUUCGAUAUGUGCAGAAUGUUACUGAUCUGGAGUUUGUGGUUGUGCAGGUUGAAGCUCCGUUCUGUGCAUUGAUUGUGACUGUUUACAGGCCGCCCACCUACAGUGUCAGUGCUUUCCUGAAAAACCUCACAGCCCUUUUGGAGAGCCUCGAGAUGUUGGACAUUCAGCCAAUCAUAGUCUGUGGUGAUUUUAAUGAGAAUCUUCUUUUCUAUGGAACAAAGCCAAUCAUGGAGAUGUUUGAGUCAAGAGGAUAUGGACAACUGAUCACUGCUGCUACCACGGACAGACAUACCCUCCUGGAUGCCAUUUACAUCUCACGACCACAGCUGUGUACCCAUUCAGCUAUCUCCUCCACAACUUCACCUGUUUACCAGCUCCACCUGUUUACCAGCUCCACUUCCACAACUCCACCUGUUUACCAGCUGCACCUGUUUACCAGCUCCACUUCCACAACUCCACCUGUUUACCAGCUCCACUUCCACAACUCCACCUGUUUACCAGCUGCACCUGUUUACCAGCUCCACUUCCACAACUUCACCUGUUUACCAGCUCCACCUGCUCCACAGCGCCAUCUACACCAUCUCCAGAUACUGCUACCGAACCUGAUGCUGACCAUCAACAACUUCACAGAGAGCAUGAGAAGGUAG